GAUAUCUCUUCGAUAGCUCUUGGCUCUUGCAAUCGAAUCUCAUAACCUCAGAGAGAGAGGGAGCAAUCUAUCUAUCCACCAUUUUCGUUAUUAUUAUUAUUAUUAAAUUUAAUGCUAUUUUAAUUAAUUCAAACUAUUAAUGGCUUCUUCUCUUUUAUCAUCAUCAUCAUCUUCUUCUUCUUCUUACUUCUUCUUGGUGUGCACUACACUCACUGUGUUUUCCUUCUGGUUAUUUCAUGCAGUGCCAGCGGUGACAGCGGUGAGAAGCUCUCGCGUAAUGCUAGUCCACACUACUAACAACAAUGGUUCAACAUCAAACUCUACCAAGAACCACCACAAGUGGGUGGGGCCAACUGGUCACCGCCAGAUCGCUGUCGACAUAAACGGUUCAGGGGAUUUCCUGUCCGUCCAAGCCGCCGUCAAUGCAGUACCGGCAAACAACACGGUCAAUGUUCUCAUCCUCAUCAGCCCCGGAUACUACAGAGAAAAAGUGGUGGUGCCGGCGACAAAGCCGUACAUCACGUUUCAAGGAGCUGGGAAAGAUGUGACCGUGAUCGAAUGGCAUGACCGAGCCAGUGACCCAGGGCCCAACGGCCAGCAGCUGAGGACUUACAGGACAGCUUCUGUUACUGUUUUCGCCAACUAUUUCUCCGCAAGAAACAUCAGCUUCAAGAAUACGGCGCCGGCUCCGAUGCCGGGGAUGCAAGGGUGGCAAGCGGUAGCGUUUAGGAUAUCAGGUGACAAGGCGUACUUCUCAGGUUGUGGCUUCUAUGGUGCCCAAGACACACUUUGUGACGAUGUGGGGCGCCAUUACUUCAAGGAUUGUUACAUUGAGGGUUCCAUAGACUUCAUUUUUGGGAAUGGUCGGUCCAUGUACAAAGACUGUGAGCUGCACUCGAUAGCAACCAAGUUCGGGUCAAUUGCGGCCCACUACAGAAACUCAGCGGAUGAUAAAUCAGGCUUCGCUUUCGUGAACUGCCGAGUUACGGGUACGGGUCCUUUGUAUGUGGGUCGGGCCAUGGGCAAGUACUCCCGGAUCGUAUAUUCCUACACCUACUUUGAUGACGUGGUCGCUCAUGGUGCCUGGGAUGACUGGGGCAACACAACCGCCAGCACUACAACAAAGAGGAGUGUGUUUCUGGGAGUCUACAAGUGCUGGGGGCCAGGAGAAGAAGCCCUGCUUGGGGUGUCAUGUGCCCCAGAGCUUGAUUAUGAAUUGGCCCAUCCCUUUCUGGUCAAGAGUUUCGUCAACGGAAGGCACUGGAUUGCACCCUCUGAUGCUUAGCCUUUGCUAUCAUCUCAUACUUCUUCCAAAUCCCAUUCUUUAAUUCAUUCAUAUAUUCUUUAAUUCAAUUAUUGUAAAAUAUAUCUACUCCAUCAACAUACUCUAUCCAGGGUUGCUGUUCCUUCUAAUUGCUUUAUGCGGGAGAAAGGUAGGCUACUUAAAAUAGUCCAACAACCAAACUCUUAUGUGUGUAGAUUUGCUCACCUAAUCCUGAUAAGUGUCCCGACGUUUUGUACCGUGUACCUUUUCUUCAAUAAUAUGAUAUCGUUUUGUUCAA